AUGGACAGGUCCACCUCCACUGCCGCCGGAACCGCGAUCAGCGACGCCGGCCUGAAGCUAACGACGAACCUGCUGUCCGAGUUGGUGCCGCACAAUUGCCACGUUGACAAGGACGUUCUCAUCUCUCCGCUCGGCGUCCAACUGGCCCUGGCUCUCGCGCUGGAGGGCGCCGCCGAGCAGACCGCGGCCCAGCUCCGCCUGGCAGUGGGCUAUGGCCCUGACGCGAGCCAGGAGCAAGUCCACGCCGACAUGGCCUCCCUCGCCGCGGCAUUGAGGGACGGAGAGGCGCAGCUGGCGGUGGCCAACGCACUGUGGGUUGACUCGAAGCUUCCUAUCGACCCGGCCUUCGUCGCACGGGCGGCUGAGCUGGUGGCCAAGGCGCGCAACGUGGACUUCGCCCAGGGCGACGCCGUUCGCUCCCGGAUCAACGGAUGGGUGGCGGAGAAGACCAACCACAAGAUCAACCACCUCCUAGCGGCUGGCUCUGUUACACCCGACACUCGCCUGAUCGUGACCAACGCGAUUCACUUCAAGGCCGUGUGGCAGCACAAGUUCAAGCACCAGAACACCAACGCCGCGCCGUUCCAUACGCUCGGAGGCGGUGGUGAUCUGCAGGUGCAGAUGAUGCGACAGUCAUCCAACCUGGCCCACGCCAGCUUCAAGACCCACGCCGCAGUGAGCCUGCCCUACAAGGACUCCCACCUGCGGAUGCUCAUACUGCUGCCUCACGACAACUCGGUCGAGGCCCUGUUCAACGUUCACGCGUCUCUGGUCGGACUGAGGGGGCAGUACGAGCAGCUUUCCGUGAAGCCGGUGGAGCUGGCCCUGCCCCGGUUUGAGAUCAACGCCGAGUUCGAGCUCUCCUCCGUGCUUCAGUCCCUCGGGGUGACGGACCCCUUCGGCAUGAGCGCCGAUUUCUCGGCCCUCACCACCACCGACGCCGCUGGGAAGGAGCUGCGGAUAGACCAGGUGAUCCACAAGACCUUCAUCAAAGUGGACGAAGAGGGCACCGAGGCUGCUGCGGCGACGGCCGUCGUGGUGCGGCGCAAACGAAAGGCAGCGAGAUCGGAGGAGCAGUUCGUGGUGGACCGACCGUUCGUGUUCGCCAUCUACCACGCCCUGCUCCACUGCCCCGUCUUCGUGGGCCAAGUGGCGCGUCCCAACACUCGGGGCCAAUAA